CUUAGGCUCAUCACUCAACAAUGCACAACAAUCGCCAAAGCCGAAUGUCGAGCCCUGCCCGAUGCAGUCAUCGCAUUCAAGCUACCACACAAAAACCGGGACAUGAUCUACACCUACCUCAUCAGCAAGCUCUCCACAGUGAAAACCGGCAUCGGUUCAAGAAUUCCGAGCCAGGUCUCGACCUCCUGCGCCUCUCCUGCAUCUCCCCCGCCCCCCCAAAAUACGUCGGGUCGCGUUUCGAAAACGAAAUUGUUGAAGUCUUCUACCGACGCGCCGAGUUCUGCAUGAUGCAACUGCAUGACUGGAAUCCGAACGACAACCGCCUCUCUGACGUCCUCAUAUCCAUAGUUGUCAACAAUCAAAUCAAGUCGAACCCUCUCUUCACACGCUUACCCAAGACAGUAGGAGUUAAGCCUAUACAAGUAACUGCUAGGCUCGAACAGGUAAUCAACCAAGUCAAGCUGAGAGCUCUGAGCCCCACUUAAUUGAUUGCUGAUAACUAUGCUCAUAUCUAAAACAUAGUACGGGGUAGGACCUACACUCGGCUCCCUGAUGCGAUAUGUCACUGUCUUUGUCCUUAAGGCGAUCAGGUAUGGUGCGCUGCCCGAGCAAUACUCUCAAUUCGAUUCUGUGUUUCCUUCGGAUGUUCUAGAAAUGCCGGAUGCGUUGGAGAAGCAUGUUGUUCCCAAAUGCAAGAUCAAUAUCUGUCUGCACUCUAAUCCGGUGGCGCAGAAGGAUGUGGAUCUUCUUAGAGAGUUCGUUAGAGAGCAUAUUGAGGAGAUGAGGCGAAGAGGGUUCGAUGUAACCAUCAAACAAGAAGGGUCGUUGUUGUAACCGCUCUGGACAAGUAUGUAUAGUUAGUUAGUUCACCUGAGAUCAGACGCCCCAUUAGCUCGUUGGCUCUCAUCUCUAGAGAUACAAUG